CGCUGUCCUCCGCCGCGGAGCGAUGUCGUCGGCGCUGGCGGUGUCUGGCGCCCUCGGUCCGUGUGGAGGAGCCCAGGUCGGGACCCGGCUGCGUGGAGCGUCCGCCAUGAGGAGAAGUGAAGUGCUGGCCGAGGAGUCCGUCGUCUGUCUCCAGAAAGCCCUAGUAGACCUUCGGGAGAUAUGGGAGCUGAUUGGGAUUCCAGAAGACCAGCGCUUGCAAAGAACGGAGGUGGUGAAAAAGCAUAUCAAGGAUCUCCUGGAUAGGAUGAUUGCUGAAGAGGAGAGCCUGAAAGAGAGGCUUAUCAAAAGCAUAUCUGUCUGUCAGAAGGAGCUAAACACCUUGUGCAGUGAGUUACGUGUAGAGCCUUUCCAGGAGGAAGGAGAAGUGACUAUCUUACAGCUAGAGAAAGACUUGCGCACGCAGGUUGAAUUGAUGAGAAAGCAGAAGAAGGACAGAAAACAGGAACUGAAGCUACUUAAAGAACAAGAUCAAGAGCUGUGUGAGAUUCUUUGCGUGCCCCAUUAUGACACUGGUAGCAUGCUGGUUCCCAGCAUAGAAGACCUGAACCAGCUGAGGAAACAUGUGACGUUUCUUCGAGAAACAAAGAACUCUAGACAUGAGGAGUUUGUGAACAUAAAGAGACAAAUCAUCCUGUGUAUGGAAGAACUGGAACACACUCCAGACACUAGCUUCGAAAGAGAUGUGGUGUGUGAAGAUGAAGAUGCCUUCUGUUUGUCUUUGGAGAACAUCACAACCCUACGGAAGCUGCUGCAACAGCUGGAAAUGCGCAAGUCACAGAAUGAAGCAUUGUGUGAGGGGCUACGUGUGCAAAUCCAAGAGCUCUGGGCUAGGCUGCAGAUACCUGAGGAGGAGAGAAAAGCCAUGAAUACUUUUAUGACCGGCUCAAAGGCCAACAUCAGGAAAGCGCUGCGAUUAGAAGUGGAUCGGUUAGAAGAGUUAAAAAUGCAAAACCUGAAGAAAGUGAUUGAGGCCGUUCGAGCAGAAGUGGCUCAGUAUUGGGACCAGUGUUUUUACAGCCUGGAACAGAGACAGGCUUUUUCCCCCUACUAUGCUGAUAAUUUUACAGAAAACCUGCUGCAGCAACAUGAUGCUGAGGUUGUACGGUUAAAAAACUACUAUGAAGCUCACAAGGAACUCUUUGAAGGUGUUCAUAAGUGGGAAGAGAGCUGGAAGCUCUUCUUAGAAUUUGAGAGAAAAGCUUCAGAUCCAAGUCGAUUUACAAACAGAGGAGGAAAUCUUUUAAAAGAAGAAAAACAGAGAGCCAAACUCCAGAAAACACUCCCGAAGCUGGAAGAGGAGUUGAAGGCCCAGAUUGAAAUGUGGGAGCGGGAGCAUUCAAAGUCCUUUGUGGUGAAUGGGAAGAGCUUCAUGGACUAUGUGGCGGAGCAGUGGCAGCUACAUCUGCUGGAGAAAGAGCAAGCCAAGCAGGAGCGGCAAUUAAAGAAUAAGAAACAGACGGAGAAGGAGAUGCUCUACGGCAGCACUCCCCGCACAUCCAAGCGGAGAGGACUCACCCCGAACACACCUGGCAAAGUGCGCAAGCUGAACACGACCACCAUGUCCAAUGCUACAGCCAACAGCAGCCUUCGGCCCGUCUUUGGGGGCACGAUGUAUCGCUCCCCAAUGUCUCGACUUCCUCCUUCUGGCAGCAAGCCAGUUAUGUCUUCUACCUGUUCCGGGAAGAAAACGCCUCGUGCUGGCAGGCAUGGGGCCAACAAGGAGAACGUGGAGCUCAACGGCAGCUUCCUGAGCGGUGGGUACCCUGACUCGGCCCCCCUGCAGCGCAACUUCAGCGUUAAUUCUGUUGCCAGCACCUAUUCUGAGUUUGCGAAGGAGCCACCCCUCUCUGACAGCUCUGCUGUUGGGCUUCAGAGGAGGUGACAGUGCUUACGGUGAACAAAGAAGCGGGAACUCUCAAAAGCCUCCAAAUCUGAUGCUGAUUCUCGAAUCCUCAAUUCAACCAACAUUUACUCCUGAGGAGCGCUGACCGUGUGGCCGGCUCUGCAUUCCUAUUCCUAGACUGGUGAUGAACAGGGGAACCCAGACAGGUUCUAGGGAUGUGAGUGGACGGCCACAGGACUGGGUUUCACCCAAGACCCUGUAAAACCUGGUCACGUCCGAGUACAAAUGUAGUAUCUGGGACUUUUUCUGUCGCAUUGUUCUUACUAGAGGCAUGACCGAGAGCUUGUUAUCGUAGGUACGUGAAGUAAUUUUCUGGUUAGCUUGUAUAAUUAUUAAUUACCAUGCUUGUUGUAUAAUUAGCAACUUAUUUGACUAAUUGUGUAGCUACUGGUAACUUUGCUGUCGCCACAGUCUGCUGAGGGGAGGUAGCACGCCACACCUGGACAGUGGGUUCAGCCCACCCCAGCAGCUUUGCACACGCUACCCACUAGGGAGCUGUUCCUGCACUUGCACCCAGGGGUGGACCCCUCCCAAGACACUAUUAUUUAUUCCUGCCCUGCCUGCACUACUGCUGUCAGUACACCACCUGCUUCCCGAAGGCUGACCUGUGCUGACCUGGUCCAUGAUGUCAGCCUCUCUAGUGAGGUAUAUAAUCUUGUUUUAAUAGAUAUAUAUAGACAUAUGUUUUUAAAAUAAAAUGUAUACUUUACCUUUCAAAAAUACACAUUGUGAUGUCACUUUUCCUCAAAUCAGUUAUUUGUGGUGUUUGGCCUGUUGAC